CGGUGUUUAUGUAGAUUUAGAUAUUUUAUUUCUACUUGUUAAAUAAUUUCAGAGCUGUUAAAUGACGAAAAUGUAUCGAAAUUUGUAUUAUAUUCAUGGCCCGAGGGUUUUACGCUCUGUGGUAGAAAAGCCAACUGGACACAAGGCUGUUGUUUACAUUCCAAAUAAGUUUGAAAAGUUCGGAGAUAACGUGUUUACAUCCCUUUACUGUGCUACGAGUCUGGUGAUCUACACUAGUCCCCUGGUUCUCCCCCUGGCUCUACGACGAGGAUGGUUUACUCCGGACGGAGGAAUCCUAGUUUUCAAGUUUCUCACAGGACUCGGGCUCAUUGGUUUAUUUUCUCUCAUCUCAAGAACUAUUGGGAGGUUACAAAAUCCGCACUACUCAACGUUUAUUGAUGUUUUAGCCAACGCACACAAAGAAUAUACUCCCAAAUCAAAGGCAGUGUUGGAACGGUUUGAUUUUCAGUUCAAAUCUUGGCCGGUGGAUUUUGAUGUGAAAGAGAUUGAAGAGGUAAAAGCUCGGAAAGUAUUGGAAGGGAGCAGGUCAGGUUCAAUGUUGUCAGUGACUGAUCUAUUGGCAAAGAUGCUCACAAAUACUGUUGGAAUGAGUCUAGUGUAUCCUGGUUCUAUGGGAGUAAUGGGACUUCUACUGGAGACUCCUCUCCUAGAAGGACGAACCAAACUUCAUCUGGAGUAUAAUGGGACCCGGAGCAAGAUUCGAACCCGAGAUAAUAAUGAUAUUGAUACCAUGUUCGUUAACCAGUCAACCAAGUGUAACGGUAAUAUUCUUGUGAUUUGCUGUGAGGGGAAUGCCGGGUUCUAUGAGAUUGGAAUUAUGAGUACUCCAUUAGCUAUAGGAUACAGUACACUCGGUUGGAACCAUCCGGGCUUCUCAGGGUCUACAGGUUCCCCGUAUCCGGAGCAAGAACGAAAUGCAGCGGAUGCAGUUAUGCAGUUUGCAAUACAUAAACUUCAGUUCAAACCUGAGAAUAUUAUUGUUAUGGGUUGGUCUAUUGGAGGGUAUACAGCAAGUUGGUUGGCUAUGAACUAUCCAGAAAUUAAAGGACUGGUUCUUGAUGCGACAUUCGACAGUCUGGAACCGUUGGCGAUUCCUCGGAUGCCGAAGUUUAUGGCGGGUAUCGUUAAACACGCUGUUAACAACUACAUUAACCUCAACGUCGGAGAACAGCUGAGCAAAUAUUCUGGCCCUGUCACCAUAGUUCGCAGACUCAGAGAUGAGAUGAUCUCAACAAGUCAAUUAGAGCUGGAUACAAACAGGGGGAAUCAUCUGCUGGUAAAGAUGCUGGAGACAAGAUAUCCGAACCUAGUCUGUUCCGAGAUAAGAUCCAGUCUUCUCACCAUCCUCUCCCAACCCAUCCAAUCCAUAGACAUAGAGCUCAAGGAGCAGGAGCAGUUCUAUCAUGAAUAUAUCUCGGAGAACAGGUCGUCUUUUCCUUGUCUUAUUGGAGAGAAGAUGACAGAGGACGAGAAAACUUUAAUGCUUCUCUAUCUGGUUAGUUUUUAUUCUAUUCUCCCUUUAAACUUGUUUCUAUUCUUUCUACCUUUAAUUCUUCUCUAUCUGGUUAGUUUUAUUCUAUUCUCCCUUUAACCUUUUUUUCUUUUC